CAACACAGAGCGAGCGCCAGAAAAAAAGAGAGCGCGUGCAAAUUGCCAGUAUCUCUGGCUGGCAAAAGAUGGGAAGCUCCUGCGUCCUCCCGAAGGAGGAAAACGAAAGAGAGCGCCGAAGUUAAAUAAGGACGCCCCGCCCCGCAGUCUUUUGCUAGCCUCAUGCGCGCGUGUGUGUCGACGGACUGAUAGCCAGCCAGCCUGCCAGCCUGCCAGCCGCCGGGCAAAUGAAACCCUGAGCCCGUGUAUCAACACCACCACCCAGGGCUCCCGCUCGCUCCCUGCCCUCCUCCCCCGUCCUCUUCCAGAGGAGCAGAACAAAGCAGCAGGCUGGCAGAAGAGCCGCCGUUGCCCCUAGACUGAGAGCCAGCGCGGAAAGCUCAGUGGCAGCACUGCCCGCCUUUCCCCCCUCGGCUCCUCGUGGGCUCUUUCCCGCCGUGGCUUUCGCUCUCUUCGAGAGCCACUGCCGCCUGCAGAGCUGCUAGGGGAGCGCGCGGGCGUUUGUGUUAUUAUCUGGGAUUAUUAAAUGCCUGGCACGAGCCUUGUGAAUUCGCCAUUCAGAAAGGACUAAUCUAGCUGCAUGGGAGGAAAUGAACGUGGCGGGGAAGCCAUCUCCUCCAGCACAGCUCGGGCGUCCGGACAGUCUCCUCGUCCCCACCUGGACAAAAACUGGUAUUGCAUUGUUAUACGACGAAAUAUCUGAAAACGCCUAUGAAAUCCGACUGAAGCUUACAAAAGAGGUACUAACAAUUCAAAAACAAGAUGUCAUCUGUGUUAGUGGAAGUGAUCACAGUACAAAUCACAGAACUGUUAAACUUCGUAGACAACCAGUUGGUGGCUUGGGCUUAAGUAUAAAGGGUGGUGCUGAGCACAAAGUGCCUGUCGUCAUAUCAAAAAUAUUUAAAGAUCAAGCAGCGGACCAAUCAGGAAUGUUAUUUAUAGGAGAUGCAGUAAUACAGGUUAAUGGCAUAAACGUAGAAGGUUCUACCCAUGAAGAGGUGGUGCAUCUACUACGAAAUGCUGGCGAUGAAGUUACCAUCACUGUUCAGUACCUCAGGGAAGCUCCAUCAUUUCUAAAGCUCCCAUUGGGUUCCCCUGGACCAUCAAGUGAUCACAGCAGUGGCACGUCUUCCCCUCUCUUUGAUAGUGGUUUACAUUUAAAUGGAAAUUCAACAAACACAGCACCAUCAUCACCUUCUUCACCCAUACCUAAUGAACCAAAAUAUGAGAAGCGCUGGUUGGACACUUUAUCAGUUCCUCUGUCAAUGGCCCGAAUCUCUAGGUACAAAGCUGGAACAAAUAAAUUAAGAUCUAAUGCAUUUGAAGUACUCGCACUCGAUGGAGUUAGCACUGGGAUACUUCAGUAUUGUACAACCCAGGAGAGUGUUGACUGGCUGAGAGCAUUAUCAACUAACAUCAAUGAUUUGACACUACAAAAUAUGAAGAUGGCAAAUAAAUGCUGUUCACCCUCAGAUCAGGUAAUACAUAUGGGGUGGGUGAAUGAGAGGCUCCGGGGUGUGGAUUCCCCACAGCUCUAUAAAUUCAAGUUCCUGGCACUGAAGGGUUCAUCAUUCUACAUUUUCAGCACACCACCGGUAAGCACUUUAGACUGGAUACGAGCUGAAAAAAUCUAUAACCUCUGUGAGGUUCUAUUUAAAGUUCACACGCUCUGGCUUAAUGAUGAUUGCUGGCUACAAGCAAACUUGUAUUUAGGUAUCCACCAAGACUAUGAGCUUGAAGACCAGAGGCCAUAUUGUUUCAGUGUCGUGGUUGGACAUGGCAAGAGUCAUUAUUUCAAUGUGGAACUGGGGGGUGAUCUGGCAGUAUGGGAGAAAUCAUUUCAAAAAGCAAUUUUUUUGGACGUUCAGAGAACAGGGUCUAAAACCUAUAUGUGUAGCUGGCAAGGAGAAAGCUUGUGUUUUACCUUAGACUUUGCUUUGGGAUUCACCUGCUUUGACAAUAAAACAAAGAAUGUCCUCUGGAGAUUUAAAUUUUCUCAGCUCAAAGGGUCAUCAGAUGAUGGGAAAUCCCGUGUGAAGCUGCUUUUCCAGAAUACAGAAACCAAACAAAUUGAGACAAAGGAACUAGAAUUUCAGAAUUUGACAUCCAUUUUAAACUGUAUUCACUCAUUCAUAGCUGCUAAGGUUGCAUCAGUGGAUCCAUUAUUUAUAGACAGCCAAAGCAUUGCAAGAAAAUAUACCUACAGUAAUUAAAAAGAUUCUAUGUUGUGAUUAUGACAGAUAAAUUAUUUUCUUAAA